GCCCAGUCCGCGUGCAGCAGCCUGCGCGAGCCUCAGACGGACCCACGAGCCGGGGACGAUGACACGAGACGAGCCGGAGAGACGCUGACUGACCGAGCUGCACUUUGGAACAAAUGACUUCAGAUUACACACGACGCCGGCAGCUUCAGAUUCAUCUGAUUCGAUUACAGCUAAGCAGUGAAAGAUGCUGGGGACGGGCUUAACUCUAAUGGAUUCCUAAAGUCGCCCCGAGACAAUUAACAGCAACGAUUUUACUGAGGGGAUCUCUUGGUGGGAGUCAGAGCUCGGGGGCCAGGAUGUGGCCCCCCGACCUCGGGCCUCCGGACGUCCAGCUGACUCUCCCUGGUUUCGGGAGCGUGUUCGAAGACGCCGAGGACCUGCAGGCGCCGCUGUCUUCAGGUGGCUUCUGUCAGUCCUCCAUGCACUCGGGUGGUCUGUGCUGUCUGCCCAGGACGUCCCUGUCCCUGUCCUCCCUGGGCCGGGACCUCAGCUCCUUGCUCAGCUGCAAGACCAAUGGGUCCCACAUAGAAAAGUCUGUGGAGGACUUUGCCAUCACAGCACACACAGACCCGAAAAACACCCAGAGGUUUGUUUGUUACCCUCAACCCUCCCUCCCUCUGUCCUACAUGCUCACCGGCUGUGCCUCGUCCCCCACCUUCUGCUCCCCCUCGUCCUCCGUCUCCUCCACCUCCUCCUCCUCAUCUUUGUUCUUCUCCUCUUCCUCGCCUCUUUCCGAUGCCAACAUCAAAACGUCUCAGCAACAACGGAAAGCACAAGACGAGUAUCUCUCCAUCAAACAGGAGCCCGCAGACGAUUUCUUGCCGUGUAAGAGGGAACCGUAUCAAAUGAACAACCAGCAGGGGGAGCUGUUUCAUGUUGGCCAGCCCCUCGACUGCCGCGAUGGUUGUCAGGACGGCGCCCAGACGCCGCUGCACUCCCCGAAGCUCAACGCACCCGUGGGGGGGAAUCCUCCGGUGGACCAACAGGAGCAGCUGUGUCACUGGAUCGACUGCAGCGCCGCUCACGGCAGCCAGGAGGAGCUGGUGAGGCACAUCGAGAAGGUGCACAUCGACCAGCGGAAAGGGGAGGAGUUUGCGUGUUUCUGGGCCAGCUGUGUGCGGCGCCACAAACCCUUCAACGCUCGCUACAAGCUGCUCAUCCACAUGAGGGUUCAUUCUGGAGAAAAACCCAAUAAAUGCAUGUUUGAAGGCUGCGCUAAGGCCUUCUCCCGUCUGGAGAACCUGAAGAUCCACCUGAGGAGCCACACGGGAGAGAAACCGUACAUCUGCCAGCAUCCCGGCUGCCUGAAGGCCUUCAGCAACUCCAGCGAUCGGGCCAAACACCAGCGGACACACCUGGACACGAAGCCGUACGCCUGUCAGAUCCCCGGCUGCACCAAGCGCUACACCGACCCCAGCUCGCUGCGGAAACACGUCAAGGCUCACUCGGCCAAAGGGCCUCAGGAGAGGGAGGUCAAGGUUCACACGAUGCUGGAAUCGGACAUUUUGAGUGAUUGCCUGGCGCGGCAGCAUCUCCACGGCUCCUCCCACCAGGGGAACGGCUCCGCCCUCCCGGGGUUGGAUGACUUCACAGGUGUUUACUCAAACAGCAGCAGCUCUCACACCCGGGGGAAUCCGGAGUUCCUCCCUCCGCCUGCAGACACCUGCUCCAGGUACCGAGGCCUGGAGGGGAACUUUGACGCCAACAGCCCCAUAUCGUCUCUAACAAGCCCAGGAAGCAUGAGAGAGGGGAACAGGCCGACACCGUUGUUCAUGGCCGCUGACGUCAGUCCGGCGAGUUCCUCAUCGGACCGAGGGGACGUCCGGCUGCAGGGUUACCAGAAGCACUACGGCCACCAGCAGGAAGUGAUGUCACAGCAGCAAGGUUGUCUGUACGAAGGGGGAAAGGUGGUUCAACCGGUCAACGAUGGAGGGUUUGAACACAACGGUUACUUCACAAACUCCUCCACCUGUCACUCCACAGGGUUCGACCUGUUGCAGGAGCUGCAGGGCCAGGCGGGCGGAGGUUACUCCAUGACCCCGGACGACAGCUUCCUGUUCCAGGCGGGAGGCGUCGACCGCUGCCUCAGUCAGAUCUACUCCAUCUACCUGGACUCGUGAUGGCCGCCGGGAGCUUUCUGUGCUUCCCCGAGCGCGGGACGCAGCGAGAAGGAUGUGAGACGGACAAUCACAUCCACCACACGCUGCCAGGAGACUGACAGAAGCUUUAAUGGUACAAACACAAAACCCUCUGAGCUGCAGAGCUGAGUGGGAAACAUCGAAGAUCUGGUCCAAUGAUGGUGUAAAUAGCUGUGACUUUUUUAUUCAGAGAUGACCACAGCAUUUUGUGAUCUGUAAAGAAUGAGCUUGGUUUAUCAGUUUGAUCUUGUGGAAGCCGGGCAGCUGGUUCUGAGCAGUGAUGUCGAUUCUGCUUCAUCAGCAGCUUCGUCAUCUUCAAUCAUAUUUGAAAUGAGCCGAGAGGAUUCAUAUAAUUCAGUGGCUCCCAACCUGAAGUCAGUAAAUACGUCUGUUAAAGGUUCACACAUAACAUAGUUGAACAUCCUGCUCAUAAAUCCUUCCCAGGUUUUACUCAUGUCUCUAUUUUUCUUUAUUAAGGUCAUUAGAGCAAGUUAAAAUAAAGAGAAUAACACUUUUGGCUCAACAGCUCACAACCAUAGACAGAAUAUAAAUAUAAACAACUUCCUCCCACUGUCUAGAAAUGAAGCCAGAAAGCACGUGCUUGGUGUUGACCCUGUUUUUACAGCAUCAAUAACUACUAAAAAACAAACCUAAAAACAAACAUGAACUCUUGAACAAACAUCAGUGUGAUAAGAACUAACGGACACGCCAGAAACCAACUUUGGCCGAUUUGGACUCUUUUAGUUUGGCCCAUGUAUCGUCCACUGACACAUUCCUCAAAAGGUUGAGAACCGUUAUGUUGCAGUCAAAGUCUUUAAGGGAAUAGGUUGACAUUUUGGGGGAAAUAUAUUAAUUUGCUGUUUACAAAAAUUCAAAAAUACGUAUUUAUAUAGAUAUAUAGAUCAGUUUUUCCAAAGCACUUAACAUAACAUUACUCAGCCAUCGGAGCAGUUUGGGGUUGAAUACUUGACCUUUGGAAUGCAGACAGGGAUCGAACCCCUGACCCUCUGGUAGGUGAUCCUACGAGACACUAUGAAUCCUAAUAAAUGCUGCAUCAUAUGUAAAAACAAUUCUUCUUAAAUGUGGAAGUGGAAACAAAUUACAAUUUAAUAUUUUCCAGGUGGAUUAUCUGUUUAUUCUCGUAUUUCCCAAAACGUCUAUCUAUUCGAGUGAGAGGUUGAAGUGAGAUUUCCCUGUGAAGCAUCUGCUCAGGAGGAAACUGAAGCAGUGCUGCCCCCUUGUGUCUGAAUGCCCACGCUGCAUAAACUUUACACACAGAGGGUCAGUGUAGGAAGACAAAUCAAUUAAACAUGUGUAACCUAUAACAACAAUCGUGCCAGAAACAUAAUCAGUUUUAUAUAUAUUUCCUGUUGUCGCUUCAGUGUCUUUACGUGUGUUGUUGUACAGUUUCUCUCAGUGUCAUAUUCAUGUGUGCGUUGUUUACAGUUCUCUGCACUCUUUUGUUUUUUUGUCUCGUCAGACAGCGGCCGACCAGAAAAUGUUUACACUGAUUUUGUAGCAAGUCAGAGAUUUUUGUAUUAUUGUCGUUGAACAGUGUGUAGACUGUAUAAAGAAAAGUCUGUCUUUUUAUAUCAAUAAAACGUGUUUGUACAUUUUU